CAUCAAGCUUGGACAUGAGAGCAAUCAAGUAUCCCUGAAAAAUUCUGUGCAAGUUUCAGGUCACAUGACCAAGGUCAAAGUAUGAAAGAACAGAACACAUCAAGAAUACUCUUAAUCCUGAUUUUGUUCACAAAUUUCACUUGACGUAUCACUUUGAGGAAUGUCAAAGACUUAAAUUUGAAUUAUAUGACCUCGAUUCUCCCAAUUCCAAACUGGAUCAUCAUGAUUUCUUGGGAAGGCUGGAAAUCACCCUUGGUGAAAUCCUUGGUUCAGCGAACAACAAGGUCGAGAGAAAGCUUAUAUAUCCAAACAAUAAACCAUGUGGAACUAUAAUAUUAUCAGCAGAAGAAGUCAGCGACUGCAAAGAUGAGGUACAUCUUCACUUCAGAGGAAGAAAACUGGACAAGAAAGAUUUCUUUGGCAAAUCAGAUCCUUACUUGGUUUUCUAUAGAUGUAAUGAAGACAUGAGUUAUACAAUAUGUCACAAGACUGAAGUGAUCAAGAACAGCUUAGAUCCAGUUUGGAGACCCUUCUCACUCAUGGUUAGAACUCUGUGUAAUGGUGAUCUUGAUAGAACCAUCAAGGUUGAAUGCUAUGACUGGGAUAGUGAUGGAAGUCAUGAUCUGAUUGGUGAAUUCAAUACUAAUAUGAGGGAGUUAUCUACCAGGAAAGGAACAACAUUUGAUCUCAUUAACCCGAAGAAAGCCAAGAAAAAGAAAAGCUACAAGAAUUCUGGCACAAUUGAACUGUUAAACUGUUCAAUUGAGAAGAGAGCAAGUUUCUUAGACUUCAUAACGGGAGGGAUGCAAGUGAACUUCACUGUAGCAAUAGACUUCACUGCAUCAAAUGGUAAUCCAAGUCAUGGAAACUCAUUGCAUUACAUCAAUCCCUAUAGUCCUAAUCACUAUGAACAAGCCAUCACAGCAGUAGGAGAAAUCAUCCAAGAUUAUGAUUCAGAUAAACUCUUUCCAGUUCUUGGUUUUGGUGCUAAGAUACCUCCUAAUGGACAGGUUUCACAUGAAUUCACUGUGACUUUCAAUUCUCAGAACCCAUUUGUAAUGGGCUUGCCUGGAAUCCUACAUGCAUACAAAUCUUGUAUAUCUCAGGUACAACUUUAUGGUCCUACAAACUUUGCACCAGUCAUCAACCAUGUAGCAAGGUUUGCCCAGCAGUAUCCAGAUGGUUCUAAUUAUUUCAUUCUUCUGAUCAUCACUGAUGGUGUUAUAUCAGAUAUGGAGAUGACAAAGAUGGCUGUUAUUAGUGCUAGCAAAUUACCGAUGUCCAUUAUCAUUGUUGGAGUAGGCCCAGCAGAAUUUGAUGCAAUGGAAGUAUUAGAUGCAGACAAGCAAGCAUUAUCAUUCCGAGGGCAGGUGGCUCAAAGGGAUAUUGUUCAAUUUGUGCCUUUCCGUGACUACAUCAGCAGUACUGGGGGUAACGUGGGUCUGAGUCAAGCUAGACUAGCCAAGGAUGUCUUAGCUGAGGUCCCUGAUCAAGUCUUAGGUUUCAUGAAGACCAAAGGAAUCACUCCUGAUAAACUUCCCAAACCUACUCAACUAUCACAAGGUCAAGUUCCUUCUGCUCCUCCAGUCUAAUCUAUUCUUCAAUGUCAGAAGGUUCUUUUGUAUUCAUUUUGUCAUGUUGUUUAAAGAAAUCCACUUACACCUCUUUAUUAUAUAUCAUUGUGUCUAUUGGUGAGCUCAGUAACAAAAUGCUUUCAAAAAAUGAUUAAGAUCCAUUUACUUGAAUUCAUUUCAGAUAACCCUGCAUUUAACAUAAUUUUGCAUAAAGUGGGCAUUUCCAGAAGUCAUCUCUUAUGAGACAAGUAUUGAUGAAUUAUCUUUUGUUGUUGUGAUCUGUACAUAUUCAGAUAGCACAAGUUGAUAUACAUGUAUGAAGCUUUGUGUGGCAGUAGGUAUUCUUGAUGCAUUAAAGUGAGUCUCAAUGUGCAGUGAUAGUUUAAAGUUCUUUAUUUUAAAUGAAUAGCAUAGAUACCUGGUAUUUGCAAGCCCCGAAUAUAAUCAGAUUCUUGAUUUCCUUUUUAUUUCAUGUUGAGUAAUCUUCCUCUUAAUAUGAUCGCUAUAUGCCCACAUUUCCCAAAACAAGUUUAAGAUGCAUUGAUCAUAGUGCUUUGUAAACAUGUUUUUUUUUAUUAUACAUGUAUGCAAGCCUCUAUGUAUAAUUGAUAAAGCUGCUAUUUGGUUUCAUAUCUGUUCAAACCUGUUUGUAUUUCUGCAACUGCCCUGCUAUAUAAUGUAAUAUAUUUCCCUGUCAUCAAAUUCCUCAGGAAAUCUUGUUUUUUCAACUAUCUUGUUUUUAAUCAGCUCAGAGUAAGGAAAUAUUAUACAUACGUGUCAAAGUUUUUCCAAAUUUGAACUGACCCUCUACCAGAAUUUGAUUUUUUUACGUGAAUAGAGCCACUGUGAGUGCCUAUCUUUGGUGUUGCUCUUGAUAAUACUAAUUGCCUCAACAUUUUCACUCACCUAAUUUAUUACAUUAAAUUGAUCAGUGAUACAGGCUUUGAAUAAGUUAGAGAUAAUAUUAAUUACUGACUACUCUAGAGUUAUGACAUAGCACUAGAUAGUUCACCUAGUUUGCAUAUUUAACGUGCAGUAAUACAAUGGGUGAUAAAUGGACACUUUUUAGACAUGUAAUACGAAAUAAUAUGCAUGCUUUAUCAUACUAUUAUACAAUGGAAUGUCUAACUAUACUACAAAAGAAUGUCUUAACUUUAGGGUAUAUCAUGUUUGAUGAAUAUCAAUCAUGUUUAUACCAUAGAUUAUGUUGAUAUUUUGAUUUAGGGUAUGAUUGCUGAACAUUUUCCUUAGUAUUAUUAUCCCAUAACCAAUAUAAGUAUGUUGAACAUUUUGAUUAUGUGCUUUACAAGACAUGUGAUGCCUACACAAUGAAUUAUUUUGUUUAACAAAAUGAAUUAGGUAAGUGAAAAUAUAAAUUGUCUAUAGGAUGUAAAUGAUAAAUAAUGAAUGAAGUAAUUAAUGAUUUAAUUAGAGUGAAUAACAGACAUAUAUUUACAUAGGUAUCACCCUUCCUCAUAUAUGAAUGUAAAAAUUACUUAAAGCAACCAAUAUGUGUUCUGUGGAGGAUUUGUAAGGUGAUAUAUUAUUUAAGAACAGUGGAGAUCUGUAAACAUAUAUUGAAUUGAUUCUAAAUGAUUUAGUGUAAUCUAAUACAUGAUGUUCAUAUACAUUCAAAGCAUUAUAUUCCUGCCUUGCCAUAAAGUUCAAGUGAAAUCUUUCAUAUUUUUUAUAUUUUCGAAAAUGUCUUAUAAAUGCUAAAUAUGAUUUGAUUUGGAUAUGCAUGUAACUACUUAAUUCAUUUCUGACACCAUAUCAGAAUACUAUAGUAGCAAAUUACAACAGUCAGAUAUCAAUCUGAUUUUGCUAUCAUUUCACUCUAUGUAUCUGAAUUAGUUAUAGGCAGAGAGCUUUGCUUUUACCUGAACUAUUCUGAAUCUUAAAAAUUUACCUUGUUUUAUGAUCUCCAUAAUGUGCAUAAUUCAGGGAAAAUUAAGAUAUCACUCUAGGGGUUAUUUUCCUACUUUUAUUAAUUCUUUGUAUUGAUCUCAAGAGCGUGGGGGUGACAUGGAGCUAAAUAUUGCAACUUACAUGUAGAUUUUGGACAUUUUGGGCUUAUAUCUCUUAAGUCACCCCAUGUAUUUACCUUUUUAAUUGUCAAAUCUGUAGGAUUAUAUUAUAUAUAUUCUAGGAUUGUAGAACAUGAUCUAAUUAGCAAUCUAUAUGACGAAGGUCUUGCCUGUUUAUUCAGGAAAUAUAUCCUGAUUACAAAAAGGUCUUAUUACCUGAAUCAUUUGCUUAUAUAUUUAUUACGUUUUGUCAAUUUAUUCAGUGGAUUGUAAACAGCUGAUAUUCUGAACUUGUGUAAUUCAGCAAUUAAUGUAAUUGUUAAGAGAAAUGUCAUAAAAUGAUUUUAUUGAAGUAUGAGGAAAGUGGAUGUGGCAAACAAAACAUGAUCUAACCACUUGUCUUUUGUAGAUGAUAAUUUAUUUGAUUAUGUUGAGUUGAGUGAGAUAAUUUGAUGGAAAUUCUGCUUCAAAUCAAAUGGUUGCCUUUUUGUAUUUAUAAAUAUUAAAGUAGAUUAGGAGGAAGACUUAUUCAUACCGUUGAACAUUGUUUUUAUUAGAAUUGUGAAGUACUCUCGCUAUCAGUACAUGUAAGUAGGAAUUAUAUUUGUAGAUGUAUGUUAAUUUAUCUCUCAAUAUUAAUUAUGAAAAAGAUGUAUCAAAUGUAUUAUCUUCUCUUGAUAUACAUGUAUUACCAUAAGGAAAGCAAUAUACUGUAUAAAUUUAUGUAAAAAUGUUGUAUAUAGGUGAAGUAAUUAUAGUAGUAACUGAUCAUUGUUAUGGGAAAUCUUUAUUUUUGGAUAAACUUACAUACAUUUAUAUUUGGAUUUGUGAUUAAUAUUUUUUUUCAUCAUUUAGGUUAUAAUUCCAGCUGAUAUAGUUAUAUGACUAAUGACAGAACACAUAAUUUUGCCUUCAUUGUUGGUAUAGCCUACCUUUAACUUGUCAUAAAUCUGCUUUCAUUUCGAACAAACAUGAAUUGCAAUCAGAAGUAAGAUAUUGAUUUUUCAAUAUUUUAGCUUUUUAAUGUUUCAUUUUUUCCUGCAUGGUUAAUCAUGUUAAUAUCUAUAUGGUGCAUUUUCUACCUGUACUUUAAUGUGAUAUACUGUAAAUAUGUUUUGCAUUGUUAAUUAACAAAUAUAGGGGUAUGAAUAGCUCACAUUUGUAUAAGGGUAUGUAAGUAUUUGUUAUGAAAACUAACUUAUUGCCAACAAGAAUUUGUCACUGUUCACAUACUAAUAAAAUAUUUAAUUGUGAUAUUUCAGUAUAUGGUAUAUGAGAAUAAAUAAUUAUUAUAGGAAAAAAAUAUAAUACUCAGUGGUAUGUACCAAUUAUAAUUAUAUAUAUAUUGUUCAAAACACACCUACACCGGAUAAAGGAAAUAAAAAAUUGGUAGUGUCGAAAAUCUGUUUAUCUAAUGGUCAAUCGGAUCGGGGUCGCCCUAGUCACUAAUCUGUCUCUGGCACUGGCGUUCCAAACUGGGUGCCCGGGUUCGAUCCCGGGGGGGGGGGGGCACUCGACCAAAACAGUAGUAGGUGUGUGCCGCGGGCGAGACAAAAAACGGGGGCCUUGGAGCGGGCUUAUUGUAAAAAGGAGGGUCCUCGGAACGGCUUCGGAACUACAAAUGUUUGUGAAAACGGGGGUCCUUGGAACGGGUCGCCUGCGUUUGAGUGCGUAUGUAUCCCUAUGGAACGUGCAUGCAGCUAGCCCGGCGGCACGACUGUGGGGCGCGCUAGCGCAGAGGCGAUGGUCGGACAGCGCUCUGUGGCCGCUUUUCACCAAAAUUGCGACCGGAACGGCGUAACGGAAAAUAUGAGAAGCUUUGGAGCGGAUUUCUUCCUUUUUUUUCUCGCUAAGAAGAAAAUGCUAUGCUUUGGAGCGGCUUUCUUUGUUCUUUUUCUCAAUAAGACAAAAAUGCUAUGCCUUGGAACAGAAAUUUGAGUGUAAAAAUGGGGGUCCCCUCCGCGGCACAUACCCACUAUGCAUUAUAAACUGAGUGCCCCCCCCCCCCCGGGGGUUCAAUUCCCGGCAGAGACAUUUUUUCGGCAUCGUCAAUUUUUCCACAGGGUAGAUAGCUCUGGGGAACCUUGAUUUAAGCACGCCUUCCAUUGUUCUCUUCAUUCAUUUCUUUCACAACAUAUAUAUGUAUAUAUAUAUAUAUAUAUAUAUAUAUAUAUAUAGAGAGAGAGAGAGGUUUUUCAUUUCAGUUUAUUUCCAAGUAUUUUCUUUAUAUAUAUAUAUAAAGAAAAUACUUGGAAAUAAACAUAUAUAUAUAUAUAUAUAUAUCUCUCUUCCUUUUGUACUGUUGCGCUUCACGUUUUACCUAUUAGCGCGAUGCCUUUUGCGUUUUGCGCACUGCGUUUUUUUGUGCUGUUGACUAAUAAAUUCAUCAUUCCUGAUGAAGCCCUCUGGGCGAAAAUUUGAUCUAA